GUCGGCUUCUAGACGAACCCUAGACCUCGUCCUUCAUCAAUCGGACCAAUCCAGCCGGAGAAGUGGGCCCGGGUGGAACGCGGAGAUCUCCCGGCAUCUAUCUAGGUUCGGACCAAGCUACGGCAAGCCAGCUCGAGCCAGUGAUGUGCUGCCGAGCCAAGAUGUCAAACCUCCGAGCUUCCCCCAACCAGGCGAUGUUACAUUCCUUAGUCUCCGAAAAUCGAUGACGUUCCCUGUGCGAAGAGUCCACGAAACCGCAACUGCCAUGCCGCACGCUGACAGUUUAGGACCCGUGACGUAAGGUUAAUCGUUUCGUUCCGAAUGAAGCAAGGAUUGAGGAAACCAUAAGAAGUCGGCCAAAGAUCGCAUCGCGCGAUGAACGAGCAGCCAUUGCAGCUCAAAUCAGCGGAUAGAGCGGUACACUUCAACAUGGCGAAACCAGUUCUCGUAGUCAUCGGCACCGGCUGGGGAGGUUUCACUCUCACACAAAAAGUCGACCUCACCAAAUACGAUGUCAAGGUCAUUUCUCCGAUUCGAACAAUCCAAUACACCCCCUUACUAGCCAGCGCAGCAUGCGGGCUAUUCAAUUUCCGUCUUGCGGAAGAGCCCGUCAGACGAAAACACAGGACAGAGAUGGACUACUACAAGGCCAUUGCAGAAGACAUCGACUUUGAAAAGCAGAUUGUGCGAUGCAAGACCGACGCGCCCACCGCAGGCGAAGACCCAAUUACCUUUGAAGUCAAGUACGACAAACUUUGCAUAGCGCCAGGAUGCGAUACUCAGGACUUCGGCACGCCAGGCGCGAAAGAGCAUGCCCUUUUUCUGAAGACGACGAAUGAUGCCCGCUUGAUUCAGCAACGCAUUCUUCAAAUGCUCGAUAAAGCAUCUCUCCCGACGACAAGCGAGCAGGAUCAGCAGGAUUAUCUCAACAUUCGAAUCGUCGGUGGCGGCGCCAUCGGCAUUGAGGCGGCCGCUGAGCUGUGGGAUCUUUGGUUCGAAGACAUGCGUUUCCUGUUUCCUCACCUUGAUGGCAAGGUGAACAUUACCAUUCACGAUGUCGCGCCCAAGAUUCUAUCCACAUUUGACGCAAACUUGAGCGAGUACGCCACGAGCUCGUUACAAGGGAAGCACGUCAAGAUCAAGACAGGAUCACACAUCCAGAGUGUGGAGGCCGAUGCGAUCUUCACGAAAGAGGACGGUCGAUUACCGUACGGACUGCUUAUCUGGGCUACGGGGAACAAGGCAAGCUCUUUGGUUGAGAAGCUACCCGUUAAGAAGCCAGAGAGUGGUCUGCCUCGGAUCCUGACAGACAAGUACCUUCGCGUCUUUCAUCCGGAUGGAAGCCCCAUGAGCGAUGUUUAUGCGCUCGGCGACGCCGCCGAUAUUGAGGGUGAAUCCUUGCCCACUCUGGCUGAAGUAGCUCUGCAGAAAGGCGAAUAUCUCACGAGCACUUUGAACUCGAACGCCGACCCUGUGCCUUUCAACUACAAGCAGAGAGCACUCUUGGCCUACCUAGGCCGCCACGAUGGUAUCAUUGGUGGUAAGCAGGAGUGGACUGGAAUGAGCGCGUGGUUGGCUUGGCGAUCUGGAAGUCUAGGUUGGACGAGGAGCUGGAGGAGGAAGAUCAUGAUUUCAAUAAGCUGGCUGUUUAUAUGGCUGGCGGGCAGAGAUAUUGCGAGACCAUAGGUCAAUUUGGCGAAAGAUUGCGUACAGGUGUGCAAAAGGUGCUGCAAAGAUUCAAAACGACACAGAUGUCACAGUUGCAUGGGUAAAAUUUGUCUACAUUUGCGCCUUUGGUGUAUAGCGCCGACACUGUGGAAAUUUAUUGUAUGAUUGUGUGCAGUCAAAGUUUCAUAAGUCAAUUCCAUCGGGCUUUUCCAUCAUUCCAUCAAGAUUGAAACCAGACCCUGUCUAGAGCCGAAGAAAUUGAAGGGGCAGUAAAGGUCGAUAGCCGUCAAUUAAGUGAGUGUAUUCAACCCCACUUGACGCAGCAGUAGUCAGUG